AACAAUCAUCUCACUAAGCUCGAGUUUCUUAGCAGUAUGUGUAUCCUUGGUAGAGAAAAAGUGGUGAGAGUUCUCUUCCCUGACUUGCAAAAUGGCGUUUUACUUCUAAUCAAGAAUUAAAUCUAGACUUAGACCUAGUCUAGAAACAAGACUGUGGCACUUAAUUGACUUUACGAAUAUGUUUGGUUUAAAAAAACAUUAAAGUUUGACAAUUCUUGGAAAAGAAAAAACAACUAAGCAUCCCUUGAAGUUCUUGAAUUCAUGUUACAGGGAAUAUGUUUGAAAUAUGCCAUACCAAGAUAAGCAAGGGCGACAUUGUGGCUUUUUGAAUAUAGAGGAAACAGAGGGCUCAGGCAGUUUUUGCCGCAGGUUUUUCGUUCUAGAUCAUAAUAAUGAGAAAUUGGUUUACUACAUGGACAAUCCUGAUAAUCUUCCAGAUGCCUGGAAGAGCCCCGUUGGAGAAAUAUACAUACAUAAUAUAUCCAAAGUCAGUGAUGGUGCAAAGCAGAGACCCAAAGUGCAGUAUUGUUUAACUAUAACUGUAGCAGGGCGCCAAUAUUUUCUACAAGCUGAAGAGGAUGCUGACAAAUGGAAAUGGAUUGAAGCCAUAAAAAAUGCCAGCAAAAUAAAAGUGCCACCCAAACUAGAAAGUAGCUCAGCACAGAAAGAAUGGCGAGCAGCAGAUGUGACCCAAGAAGCUUAUAUAACAGAGAUAGCUGGAGGGGUUGUUUGUAAAAUGCCAAUACAGCAGAGUACAGAAAUAGACUUAGAAAGUAAUACUGAUGACAGUGAAUCACGCUCAUCAUCUUCUGGUAGAAUCUCACCAACUUCCUCUUUGAGCAGAGGUAUUGGUUUUAGUCGAGACUCAGGCAGCAUUCAAGAACCGAAUAAAACAGGAACUAUGCAAAAUCUCAAGCCAUUAAAAUCAGGAUAUUGUGUAAAACAAGGAGCAGUUAGAAAAAAUUGGAAAAGGCGAUUCUUUGUACUGUACGCACAAGGGCUUUCAUAUUAUAAAUCUGAGCAGGAGAAGCAGGCAAUUAGAACAAUACCUAUUGAAGAUAUAUUAGAUGUACGCCAAUCAGUAGAAGGGUUGCAUCCUAAUAGAGACAAUUUAUUUGAAGUACGUACUACAAAGAGAAUAUUUUUUAUACAGUGUGACACACCUGAAGAAAUGAGAGGCUGGAUAGAUGUUGUAAAUUCAGCCAUGUCACAAAAGCAGAAACAUACAGCUGACAGAAAAUCGAUGCAGGAUGGUACAGGCCGUCACCCUCUAGAUGAUGAGCUCUGCAGUGGAACGUACCCAUCCCCAAUAUGGCCUUCCUCUUCCAAGUCACAUAAGUGACGAUGCCCUGAGCCCAAGUUACCAUUUAGAUAUUUGUGUCAAGCUAAAGAAUAUGAAUAAAUGUUUAGACUGCUUAGUAUUUUUCAUUUACUCACAGAAAAUACUAGUAAAGUUUGUUGAGUGGAAACUUAUUUUUGUUUAUGGAUGGUCACAGCCAAGGUUGUUGUUUUUUGUUUUCUUUCUCUAAAUGUAUAUAAUUAUUUACACUUUUGAUUUUGACUCCAUGUGUCAUUUCUAGUCUGAAUUCUAAAGUUUCAUUAAUGAGUACUUAGUACUGAUCAUUGCCCAUUUUUUUUAAAUUCAUUUUUUUUUAGUAUAAUUACCUUUAUCUUCUUUAUGUGUAUAAAUUACUUUCACAGAAGCUACAACAUUGAUGAAGUAAGGAGACUUGUUGCUUUUGUUCAAGUGUUGUAGCUGUUAGGUUUUCUAUUGCAUCUAGUAGUUUUAGUAAUGGUUGUAACUGCCAUGGUAGAUGCUGUAAAUUCACAUACAUCUUAAUUAUCUAAUAUUUAUAUUUCUUAUGCUAAAGCUUUGUUAAAUGUAUAGUGUGUGAUACACAGUUUGUAAACUUAAAGUUCUUAUUAUAGAAGUUUUAAAUGUUCCUUCAGAAAAAAAAUGUUAGUGUAUAACUUCAUCGCCUAAACUUUCUGCAUGGUGACUGGGAAUGGCAGGAAGAAUAGUUUGAACUCUACCCUUGUGAUGACAGUCCAAAGGACAUACCUCAUAGCCUAGCAACCAUCCUUUGUACUAUAUAAUGUACUGGGUUGUUUUUUUUUUGCUUUUGUUUUUUGGUGGAAGAAAGCUUUUUAUAUGAUUGUCAUCAGCCAAUACUUUUGGGUAGAGAUUUUCUGAUUAAAGCAUGAUGUUGUUUUUUUUAAAUAUGUAGGUAAAUUUAUAUUGUAGUUGAAAUAUGAAUAGAGCAUGAUAGAUUUCCAGUUUUGUGCUACUUGUUUUAGUUUAUUAUUGACAUUUUUGCAUGUAAAUUUAUUUUUUCGAUUCAGAAACACCAUUUUAUGUCGGUGAGUCAAAUAUUUCUUGCUAUUAAGCAUGCUUGUGCAUUGAUAUCCUAGGGUUUCUUUAUUUAGCCUACAUCCAUUCAUGUUCCAUGUUAAAAUUUGUUGACUUUUAUGUACUGUCUCUUCCGAUCAAUUUUUUUUUUUUAGCUGAAUUUGAUGUUAAUUUUCAUGUAUCGAGCAAUAAUUACACAUACAGGUUCAAGAGCUUGCAAUUAUCGUUGUUAAAUGUGAAUACUUCUUUUAUUCUCUUUCAAUAGUGCUUUUUUUUUUCUUUGCUGUAGUUGUUUUGAUUUUAUUUGGAGGUAUAUAUUCAUUUGGUAGUUGUUGAUUUAUUUUUAUUUAAUAGUUCCUUGAGUUUUUGAUAAUGUUUUAAAUAUGUGAGCUUUAAAACACUUUAUCUUCAAAGUCCUUAUUUACUUUUCUACUGCAAAUAUUCAAUAUUUUUAAGAACAAAUUUAAUUUUAUAAUAAACAUCAGAAUAAAAAAAAAAUUGUUCAUUUUUUUAUUUUUUUUUUAUACAAAAAAAGUACAUAGUUUUUUAAAUUCUAUUUUCUUUUUGUCAGUAUUUUUUUUCAUCUUGUUUUAUUACAUCUGGCAGCUCAAAAGAAGGUCUGCGUGCUCCACUCAUUUAAAACACACAUAUUUUAUAUAUUUAUAUAAAGUAAUGGCAUACCAUGUCUAGCCAGAUCAAUUUUAGAACCAAAAUAUCGGUUGGAGAUUAAUUUAAAGUAGUCUUUAGCAAUGUGAAUUAAAGAUUAUAAAAUGUAUAUAUUUUAUGGUGGUCUUACUUAAGCUUUGACUGGAAAAAGUUUAUUGUAUAGUUGAGUUGAUCUAAAGUUUAAGAAGCAGUGUUUUUUUAAAAGAUUAAUAAUAUUAUUUAAAGUAGCAGUACUAAACAUUUCAGUAAUUAAAAAUCACUUAUAAAAAAUAUCUGUCUGGAAUACCCCUGUAAUUUCUUGCAAUAUAUUUUAAUAUAUUUGUAUUGAAUUAACACCAAGUUCUCUCAUUCUGAAUAGGGUUACAGGGUUAUUCUCCUGAUUUCAAUUUGGUUCACAAUCAAUGAAAUUGUAUGACUAGCUAUUGAAAUUUUUGUCCUCCUUUGUAAGGCUUUGCCCAUAUUUCUGUCCUCCUUUAGGCUUAUUAGUGUCUGGUAACCUUAUUUCUGAAACAAUAUUAUUAUCAGGGUUAAGUCUUAUAAUCAGUAAAAUUAUUUUAAUGUGAAGUUUAAAAAAAAUAAAUUUAUGAUAGUACUUUAAAAUGUUUUGAUUGUAUACAAAGUAAUAUAAGGACAAAGCCUUACAAAGGAGGACAAAAAAAGUCAAAGUAAAUUUCAAUAGCUAGUCAUACAAUUUAAUUGAUUGUGAACCAAAUUGAAAUA